UACCAUUAGCACAAAAGCUUUUGUCUGUCCAAUUACUUCACAGUCUGUGUUUGAACACACGUUUUCUCCACUCUUUAUGAAUUCCAAUCUCAAUCUCAAUCUCUCCCUUCUUCUUCUUCGUCUUCUUCUUCUUCAAAUUCAAUUAUUCCUUUUCUAGGGUUUUACAUUUCCACUCAGAUCUCUCAAUACCCAUUUUUGAUAACCCAACAGAAGAACAAGAUAUGCCAUGCGUGCCAUUGAUGGCCUAGGCAUAUACAUAACGGGGGAUUCAUAGAGCAAAAGAGAGAGAAGAAGAAAAGUUGGGCCUCUCUCUCUCUCUCUCUGUUUGUGUGUGUAAAAACACCCGAAAAGGCCAGUUUCUUUUUGGUGGGAGAGAAUAACCCUUAUGGGUCAAGAUAAUUUCACUCCGCAGAAGAGAUCUUCCACUGGCGGUGGAGGUGGGUUACCUACAACCAAUAACGCGGCGGCAGGAGGCGGAAGAAACCGUGGAUUUCCUGCAAUGCCGCGUGGCAGGCAGAUCCACAAGACCUUCAACAACAUUAAAAUCACAAUCCUUUGUGGCUUCGUUACGAUCCUCGUCCUACGUGGCACCAUCGGCGUCGGCAAUCUGGGGAGUUCCGAAGCCGAAGCUGUCAACCAAAACCUGAUAGAAGAAACCAACCGGAUCCUAGCCGAGAUCCGCUCCGACUCCGACCCUACCGAUCCGGACGAACCCCCCGAAACUGAGAUCAACCCCAAUAUAACCUUCACUCUCGGACCUAAAAUCUCGGACUGGGAUCAGCAGCGUAAGGUUUGGAUUUCCCAAAACCCUGAAUUCCCUAAUUUUGUUAAUGGAAAAGCUCGAAUCUUGCUCGUUACUGGGUCGCCCCCAAACCCGUGUGAUAAUGCCAUAGGAGACCAUUAUUUGUUGAAAUCCAUAAAGAAUAAGAUUGAUUAUUGUAGGCUUCAUGGGAUUGAAAUUGUUUAUAAUAUGGCUCAUUUAGAUAGGGAACUCGCCGGGUACUGGGCGAAGUUGCCUUUGAUUAGGAGGUUAAUGUUGUCUCAUCCGGAGGUUGAGUGGAUUUGGUGGAUGGAUAGUGAUGCUUUUUUUACGGAUAUGGUGUUUGAGAUUCCGUUAUCGAAGUAUGAUAAGUAUAAUUUGGUUGUUCAUGGAUACCCCGAUUUGAUGUUCGAGCAGAAGUCAUGGAUUGCUUUGAAUACGGGGAGUUUUCUGUUUAGGAAUUGUCAGUGGUCAUUGGAUUUGCUUGAUGCUUGGGCACCAAUGGGACCUAAGGGUGUUAUUCGUGAGGAAGCAGGGAAGGUUUUGACUGCUAAUUUGAAAGGAAGGCCAGCAUUUGAAGCAGAUGAUCAAUCGGCUUUGAUUUAUUUGUUGCUCUCGCAGAAGGAUCAAUGGAUGGAUAAGGUGUUUCUUGAGAAUCAGUAUUAUUUGCAUGGGUAUUGGGCAGGGUUGGUUGAUAGGUAUGAGGAGAUGAUUGAGAAAUAUCAUCCAGGCUUGGGAGAUGAGAGGUGGCCGUUUGUGACUCAUUUUGUUGGUUGCAAGCCUUGUGGGAGUUAUGGAGAUUACCCUGUUGAGAGGUGCUUGCGCAGCAUGCAAAGGGCUUUCAAUUUUGCUGAUAACCAGGUGCUUAAGCUGUAUGGAUUUAGACAUAGGGGAUUGUUAGGCCCCAACAUUAAGAGGAUCAGGAAUGAGACAGUGACUCCUUUGGAGAUUGUUGAUCAGCUUGAUAUUCGCCGUUCAGUGCAUGGAAAAAGUGGAUCACAGAGCUAGUGAUUGAAACAUAUUUAAUGUGUCAUAAUGUGUAGGUGAUGUAAUUCCUCAGUUGAAAAGCAAAUUUGAAUUUGAUAACAGUUGAAGUUUGAGUAAGUUUUCAUUGAUCUGUUGUCAUUGUGCUGCUUUGAGAUCAUGAGAGUAGAAUUCUUUUAUUAACAUCAAUUUGUCUUCCUUCGAUAUUUGAGUGAUUUAUGAAGGAAAUUUUAGUCAACAUUACAUCACUUGUUUUUGCAUA